GGCAGGGGUAUAAAGUCUGUAUGCUAGUACAAUCAAGGUUAGAAUGGGUCCAAGACUGGAGUGGGUCCAGGGCUGUAGCCCCAGCUCAGAGUGACGGUCCUCAGGUAUUUCCUCCUAAGACAGCCAGGGUUGGAGUGGACCCAGAGGAGUGUUGGAGCUGCAAGUCAGAGCGGUGUAUUUCAGAACAGACAGGGAAAAACCAUCCAGGGCUUUAUUACAUCUACAACACAGGAGGGUGGAUGAAGGGAGGUGUUGCCCUUCUUUGACCACUGUGUGUUCCAGGCAAGCUAUCCAGGGCUACAGUGGAUCUACAGCACCUGUUUCCUGUACAUCCAGGACUGGCGGAGAGGAGAACUGGAUCUGCCUACACUAUAAUUGAUUGGAUUUACAUAAUGCUUUUCAGUGUGCAAAGCGCUUUACAUGCCGCUGUAGGCUACACCAGGCAGCUCUCCUUCUUCCCCGAGACGCCAGCGGUCAGAGUGCUGUAUGUCAGGACAUCCAGAAGAAGAGUGGAUCCAGUGCUAUAUCUGAUCUAAAACCAAGGAAGAGCAUGGAGGUUUGGAUGAGACCGCUGUGUUCCUAGACCGCUGUGUUCCUAGACCGCUGUGUUCCUAGACCUCUGUGCUCCUAGACAGCUGUGUUCCUAGACCGCUGUGUUCCUAGACCGCUGUGUUCCUAGACCGCUGUGUUCCUAGACUGCUGUGUUCCACUGUAUUAGAAUCCUCUUGACUUUCUGAGAGGAACACGGCCAUUAUGACGGAGUGGACGCUCCUCAAACGUCUCCUGGACGCCGUCCACCAGCACUCCACCAUGAUUGGACGCCUCUGGCUCACCGUCAUGGUGAUCUUUCGCCUCCUCAUCAUUGCCGUGGCGACUGAGGACGUGUACGCCGAUGAGCAGGAGAUGUUUGUGUGCAACACCCUGCAGCCAGGCUGCGCCACAGUCUGCUAUGAUGCCUUCGCGCCCAUCUCACAGCCGCGCUUCUGGGUCUUCCACAUCAUCAGCGUCUCGACUCCGUCUCUCUGUUUUAUCAUAUAUACGUGGCAUAAUCUGUCGAAGCUGCCGCAGGGACACAGCGGGCAGGGCCAGGGGGUUAACCCAAGGGACUUGCCUCGAGACGGGGGGAAGGAUGGAGGUCGAGAGGCAUUCAACCGGAGCUGUGACUCGGAUAGCUGCUCCAUCCGUUCACACCGGCACUUAGGUCACAGCUUGGCCAAUGUCUUGGAGGGAAUCACUGCCCAGAGUCAGAGCCUCCUAAAGGGAGCUGCCACCACUACAGCCACCACCGCCACGUCUCUAACCCAGGCCAGGGCUCGCGUCUACAGAAAUAGCCACUACGAUGCACCAGGGGGUCCUGGAGGUGGAGGAGGAACCGGAGGCGUCCUCUCCAAGUACUACGUGUUCCAUGUGUGUUUCCGGGCGCUGCUGGAGGUGGGCUUUGUCAUGGCCCAGUGGUUCCUCUUCGGCUUCCGAGUGCCCGUCCACCUUUUGUGCAAGGCCCCACCCUGCACGCAGCCCGUGGACUGCUACGUGUCACGGCCCACAGAGAAAACCAUCUUCCUCCUCUUCAUGUUCUGCGUGGGGCUCUUCUGCAUCCUCCUCAACCUUCUGGAGCUUAAUCAUCUAGGAUGGAAGAAGAUCAGACACUCAGUGAGGCUCAGGGAGGGAGGAUCAUGGGGGAAUUAUGGGGUAGAGAAAGGGGGGCAGGAAACCUUUGAGACUUUCUCUCCCGACAGCCCCUCACAGUUGUCGUCUCUGGGCCUUAGGGAUGUCACCAGUACGAAGUUGCUACCGAACUUGGAUCUGGUAGUCGACCACCGGCCUGACUGGACCUGUGCUGGGAACUGUUCCCCAUUUAAUAAGGAUGCUGAUGCUGGUAUAGAGACAGAGCUGCAGCUUCCCAACAACCAGGAGCUCCAGAGAGGAGAGACACAGCUUCUGAAGAGCAAAGGGAAGGGCUGGAAAUCCAAGCUGCGCAGUACGGAGGUCUGGAUAUGAAGGAAAGA